GCCGUUUUUUGUCGGAGUAGAGGGUCUUGUGCAUUUCAGUUGUACAAUGGACGCUACAGAGUUCCGGAGGAGAGGGAAGGAGAUGGUAGACCUGAUAGCAGAUUACCUGGAGAACAUAGAGCAGAGGACGGUGUACCCCGACGUGGAGCCUGGGUACCUGCGGUCCCUCAUCCCUGAGGAGGCCCCUGAGGAGCCUGACACCUACGAGGACGUGGUCAAAGACAUUGAGAGGGUCAUCAUGCCUGGGGUGACCCACUGGCACAGCCCGUACUUCUAUGCCUACUUCCCCACGGCUAACUCCUUCCCGGCCAUGCUGGCAGACAUGCUGUCUGGAGCUAUUGGUUGCAUCGGAUUCUCCUGGGCUGCCAGCCCAGCUUGUACAGAGCUGGAGACAGUCAUGAUGGACUGGCUGGGGAAGAUGCUCAAGCUGCCAGAGGACUUCAUCGCCGGGACACACGGACAAGGAGGAGGCGUCAUCCAGGGUACGGCCAGUGAGGCAACUCUUGUGGCUCUCCUAGCUGCCCGCUGCAGGGCGGUCAGAAUGAUCCUGGCCAGUGACCCACAACGUCCAGAGACUGGCAUUACCUCCAAACUGGUGGCCUACUCCUCCGACCAGGCUCAUUGCUCGGUGGAACGAGCAGGUAUGAUUGCCGGAGUGAGGAUGAAGAAGAUUCCGACGGAGCAGUCAGACAAGUAUGCUGUCCAGGGAGAGACCCUCCGGAGAAUGAUACAGGAAGACAAGGCUGCAGGACUCAUCCCCUUCUACUUCUGUGCUACUCUUGGGACCACUCCCUCAUGUGCAUUUGAUCACAUUACUGAACUUGGGCCCAUAUGUAAUGCAGAGAAAAUCUGGAUGCACAUUGAUGCUGCAUAUGCUGGGAGUUCCUUUAUCUGUCCUGAAUUCAGACCCCUGUUGAACGGCAUUGAGUUUGCAGACUCUUUCAAUUUCAAUGCACACAAAUGGCUGUUGGUCAACUUUGACUGCUCUACAAUGUGGGUGAAGAAAAGAUCUGAUCUCAUUGGGGCCUUCAAGAUGGAUCCUCUAUACCUGAAACAUGAUCAUCAAGAGUCGGGACUGAUCACAGAUUACAGGCACUGGCAGAUUCCACUGGGCCGACGGUUCCGCUCUCUCAAGAUGUGGUUUGUGUUCCGAAUGUAUGGGCUCAAAGGCCUUCAGGACUACAUCCGUAAGCAUGUGGAGUUGGCCAAAGAGUUUGAGAGCCUGGUUCGCGCUGACCAGCGCUUUGAGAUCAGCGCAGACGUCGUGUUAGGGCUGGUCUGCUUUAGACUAAAGGGUUCCAACGAGGUGAAUGAGACCUUGCUGAAGAGGAUCAACAAUGGCAGGAAGAUCCACCUGGUGCCGUGCCUGCUGUCUGGUCAGUUUGUGCUGCGCUUCGCCCUCUGCGCCCGCACCACCGAGUCACGUCACAUCCGCGAGGCCUGGCAACUCAUCACACAGCUGGCCGAAGAGGUCAUGCAGGAGCUGCCCCACUGACUAUCCACAUGGACUAGACAGGCUGGGUUGGUCCAGGAGCUGUAUGUAUCAAGCAGUAUUUCAGAGUAAGAGUGCAUGUCUAGGAUCAGGUCCCCCCUGUCCAUUCAUUAUAAUCUAAAAGGCUAAACUGAUCUUAGAAACUGAUCUUAGAUCAGCACUCCUACUCUGAGAUGCUUGAUGAAUAAGGGCCCUAACCCCACCUGACCAUGGCCGGUAUUCAAAAAGCGUCUCAGAGUAGGAGUUUCCAUGUUAUCUUAUUCCUUAUGAAGUAAAAGGCUAAACUGAUCCUAGUUCAGCACGGUUUGAUGCCUACUCUGAGAUGCUACAGGCCUGGAUCUCACUCAGUGGAGGCUGCUGAGGGGAGGACGGCUCAUAAUAAUGGCUGAAACGGAGGGACUGGAAUGGCAUCAAACCAUGCGUUUGACGUAUUUGAUACCAUUCCACUGACUCCGAUACCAGUCAUUACCACGAGCCCAUCCUCCCCAAUUGAGGUGGCACCAACCUGCUGUGAUCUCACUGUGUUUACAUCAUCAGCAAAUUGCAGCCCUUUCUCUCUGCUGUCGGAUCCCAUGUGUGUAUUUAUAUGUGUGUUUUGUGUGGUUGUAUGUGAAUCAAUGAAUUUGUGUGGGUGCGCGUGACUAAAUUAAAGGUGAUUUUUGGGUGAAGCAAAUCAUAUCCAGAUGUUAAGGUUUUGCCUGAUAAGUUACUGUAGUGUAGGGUUUACUGACAAUACACAAGCAUGUGUUCUUUGUAAAACCAGACAGACUGAGUUCUGCUGUGGAGCCCCAGAGUUCUGUUCUGACUCUACACCAGUGUGCUAAAUGAGAGAGGCCAGGCUAGAGACGGGCACCACCCCCCUCAGGGCUCUGUGUAUGCCCCACCUGCUCCUACAACCCCUCUCCACCCUCACCCUCACCCACCCUGCCCUGUCCCCUCUCAACCAACUGUUCAUCCAAAUCACUUUAGAGAAGGGUCAGCAUGCUAAAAAUACAGGCAAGGACUUAGUAUGAGUGGGGCUUUAUCCUGUCUGAGGUUUAUCCAGGCUCUGAUCACUCAGCUGUGUUUAUCUGCUCUAGUGGAGUGAUUAGUAGAGAUAUUCAAUUCAGUACAACAUUAUUUAUCCCCUUAGCGACAUAUUGAUUAAAACAUUGGUGUAGUCUAUGUCCCUAAAACAAGGUUUUAAGAGUCAGAAAACAUUGUAUGUUUUGGCACCAUUAUACAGUAAGAAGAGAUACAAAAGACUAACCUUUUAGUCUUGCUGUUUGUCUGAAGUAUUGCCUUCCAAGGUUUGAGCUGUUCAUUGUUUUAAUGAAGACAAAAAAGUACAAAAAUGAACAGCAUGUUGAGAUUAUGCCAAAGAGAGAUACAGAUAUCGUAUGCCAGAGACACAGGUAUCGUAUGCCAGAGACACAGGUAUCGUAUGCCAGAGUUGGGGCCAUUCACAUUUAAAUUCAGUCAAUUCUGAAAAUAAACUAAAAUUCCAAUUCCAAAAUGUUCUCCUAGAGAAGCAUUGAGAAAAAAAAUGUAAUUCCAUAAUCGACUAACUUAAAAAGGAAUUGACCCCAACCCUGGUUCAUAACCAGCUUUGUCUUGAACAUCAUAAUAACCCAUGAGACACAUAAGAGCUCUUAUGGGAGCAUCAGUUAAAACACUUACAGUAGGCCUUUGCCCUGAAGUGCAUGAAUAAAAUAUUCAGACAACAGUUAAUGUCUCAGUUGAUUUGAAGAGACACAAAAACAAUAUGUACCUAGCUUCACUUAAUGCCCUCAGCAGUAGCAGUGAGCCAAGGAGGAAUUGACUUGAGGGUCUCUCCUUAAGCUAAUAUGAAUGAGUUUCAAAUGUGUGCUUUACUGUAUGCACAUCUGUUUCUGUUGGACUGUUGGAUAAACAAACCAGUUGAAUUGGAUUAGACCUUUAAGCUGUGAAUCCCAGCUUGUCAGAGUCACUCAACAUUUAUUAAGUCAUCUUAAGAGAUAAAAUCUCUCUCACUGGUUUGAUUCACAAGUCAAGUGUGCCUUUUGAAUGAGGAAUGGAGGGGUGUGUGUGUAGAAUAUGUCUCUGUCUCUUUUGUGUCUUUACUUGAUAUAACCAGCACUGGGCUGACCGCUUCAGUCAACACUAGGGGGAAAUUGCAUUGUACGCUUGAUCAGCUUUUACCUGGCAAUAAGCUGGUAGUGCAAUCCUAUGUUUUUUGAAGUGUACAUGUAUUAUUUUAUAGGCAUUGAGUGGCUUUGUGGCUUCCUGCUGCUUGUCUGCCUUGUGGCAUCAUUGUACGGUCCUCUUUACACAACAAAAUAAAUGUGUUUGCAAUGUG